AUUUUCUCCAUACACUACUCACCUUGCUACUUGAGUUGAAGAGUUCCAUUCCACAACCAAACCAAUACUAGAUAACAAACAUGGACACUUUCCUCUACUUGCUCCUCUUCCUCUCCCUCUUCUUCACUCCAUUGUUGUCUCAUUCCCAACCAAACCGUUUCCUCAAACCCCUCCUCCAUGGCAACCGCCACCAAGAGUACAUAGAGCUAAGCUACCCACCACCGUCACAUGAACCAACACCGUCAUGCUCCCACCAAAUCCUCCACCACUCCUUCGCCAACACCAUGGACUCCCCACCUUACACCACCCUUUACUCCCCUCCCUCCCACUGCCCCCCACCAUGGUCACGCGCCGUCAUUCACUUCCACGCCAAGUCCAAAGGCAACCAAUACGACCGCAUCGCCGCCCUCUGGCUCGCCGGCGCCGAGCUCCUCCGCACCAGCACCGCCGAGCCCACCGACUCGGGCAUCUUCUGGGACGUCCGCAAAGACGUCACCAGAUUCUCCUCUCUCCUCUCCAGCUCCAACCUCGACCUCACCAUGAUGCUCGAGAAUAUCGUCAACCGCGAAUUCACCGGCGUCUACCAUGUCACCGUCACGCUCCUCUUCUACAACGAGGUUCCGUUCAACCCUCCGCCACCAUGCCCUGAGCGUUUGAAUUCGAAUCGAGGUUCAAUUUCACGGUCACGGUCUCUGAUGGGUGAACCAACGGUGACUGGUUCAUCGGAAUUGUAUGAUUCUCCGGCGGAUUUGAUUAUUCCGAUCUCCGACGACGGAGAGCGAGGGUUUUGGUUCAGGGUAGAGGACGACCGUGAUGUGGGUUCCCGGAAAAUUCAAAUUCCGAUGAACACUCAGCGAGUGGUGCUUGAGCUCUGUGUGUCAUUCCAUGGAAACGAUGAGUUCUGGUACUCGAAUCCUCCGAAUGCGUACAUCACCGCGAACGGUUUAGCUACAGGGCGGGGCAACGGAGCUUACAGGGAGGUUUACGUGACGAUCGACGGCGAUGUUGUUGGCUGGGAGGUUCCAUUUCCGGUGAUCUUCACCGGCGGGAUUAACCCUCUUUUCUGGGAACCCGUCGUGGCGAUUGGUGCUUUCAACCUUCCUUCAUAUGAUAUAGACUUAACCCCAUUUCUGGGGAAGAUUCUGGAUGGGAAGGAUCAUGUUUUUGGAAUUGGGGUGGUUAAGGGUAUCUCAUUUUGGCUUGUGAAUGCUAAUUUGCACCUUUGGUUGGAUCAUGAAUCGACGGUGGUUCAGGCGAACGAGGUCACUCACCAUAGCCCUGAAACCAGUGUGGAACGCCAAGGGGAGUUUACAGGGCUUGAUGGGCAUUUUGGGGUGGUAGCAGAGAAGGAGACACAGGUUUCAGGGUGGGUUUCAACUAGCAAAGGCAACUUCACCACCGUGAUUUCGCAGGGUUUCGCGUUUAGCAACGUGAUAAAGUUCCAGCACAAUGGGACUAAUAAGAUGGUGAAGCAGAAGUUCAAGGCGAAGAAGAAGAUGAAGGUGAUGAAUGAGAAAGGCGAAUUGGUUUCUCGGUUGAGGGUUAGGCGCAAGUACCCUCUGAGGUUUAUCAGUGUGACUGAGCCUUUGAAUGAGAGGUAUAAGCUCUACACCAAUUUUUCUCAUGGUUUUGAGGAGAAGUAUGUUGGUAGGUGCUUCAUGAAAUCGGUUAGCAAUGCCCAGGAUUCAAAUGGGUGGAUAGAGGUUCAGGGUCAUGAUGUUCUGUCAGGUGAAGCAAGCACAAAACAGAAUUAUAGUUAUGCUGACAUGUUCAAUUGCUACUCUAGGGAUGUUGCAGCAGCUAAUGGCAGAGUCUUCUAUGAUGAUUCAAGUUUUUUGUGUGAAAAUUCUUUGUAAUUUCUUUUGCUGGUACAAAUUUUGUAGUUUCCACUUUCCAGAGUAGGUUUUAUGUAGUACACAUUUAUGAAUCUUCAUGUGUCUAUUAUUCUCUUACAUGCUUC